AUGCCGCAAUCUACUGAUUACACCAUGCGCUAUACCGAUGUGCGUGCGGAGAAUAAAGAGACCACAAGUCCCGAUAAACAGAACCGAUUUGCCACAGAUUUACACUUACCCGAUCCCACAGGCCGUAAUGAUAUUCAGGCUCAACUUUCUGCGCAGGCACAGCUUUCUGUCAAGACAGAAGACAGCAGCAGCUUCCUUAGCUACCCAAGCCGCCAUGCCAGUGCAUCGGCUGCCAUCUGGCCGCCUGCGACGAAAGUAGCAGGAUACAGGAACCAGAAAAGCUUUAUAGAUCGGAUGGACUCGUCGUGUGGAGAAGACUGGUCUAUAACGCAAGUGUUCUAUUCAGACGAGCUUCCGAUUCACACGCCCUCUAGUUUGGGGGACACUAAGAGAGCAUCGUUAAUCUGCCACGGGCCGACCAAGAGCCAUGACUGGAGUUCGGAAACGCCAGCGAUGAAAAGGGAGCCAAAGUUAUAUGGCAGCAAAUACAGCGACGAUAUGAUGGAGUUCAUCGCAACUCAGGACGAACUCAAUUACCUACAAGCCUUUGCCGAUGGUGUCGGCGUGUGGAUGGAUUCACUCAAUAGCGGCAACCAUUUCACCCAGGUGAUUCCAUGGCACGCACUUAAAUCAUCUCUUCUUCUAAACUCCCUGAUGGCGUGCGGCGCAAAGCACCUCUCCUUCAGCAAGCCCGGAUUAGAAGACAGGGCCAUUGAACUCUACAACACGGCCACAGCACAGCUCGUUCGAAUGCUUCAAAACCCAGAGAGAAACGUCGUCGACUGCACAACGGCAUCCAUUUUGCUCAACGUAUACGAGGCCAUGUCGCACAAGCCCAUACAUCGAAUGAGCCACAUGGUUGGGGCCAGAGCCCUCAUUCGAGAGUGCGGAUGGAAUGCUGCCAGCACGGGUAUCCCGGCAGCAUGCUUCUGGCUGAGCAUCGGCAUGGAAGUCCUAUCCUGCUUGUCCAUGAACUGGGCGGUAACCUGGCACCCUGACGAUUGGGGACUCGAUCUAGACUGGAGCCACGAUAACGACCUGGACGGCGGCGACUCUCAGACGUGGGUUCACAGGUCGUUUUAUAUCCUGGCCAAAGUUGUCAACUUCCGAGCAACCUCCUUGACAUAUCCUCCCUCUGAUCCGCACAAGCACCAAUCCAGGCUCUCUGACCGUCUCACAGAGUGGCAGGCGCUGAAGCAGCUCUGCGACGACUGGAGCAACUGCAGUCCCAGGUCGAUGCGGCCGGUUGGCUACUUGGCUAUGAGUGGUUCAAGUGAGCCGUCGGCGUUUCCGAAAUUUUGGCUGGCGCAGACGUCGGCAAUGCUGGGUAGAAUAUUCUAUCACACGGCCCAGUGUGUUCUCGCCCAGGUAAAUCCAAUAGAAUCAUCAGAACAGUCGCCAGAAAUGAAGGAACUUCAGCUGCAUCACGCUCGUCAGGUCAUGGGAAUCGUGGCAAGCGAUCGUGAUCGAAGUGUCAUGACAAUCGCCCUCCAAGCAGUCAACGUUGCCUUCUUAUCAUUGGUAAGCCCAGAAGAACGACAAGAAGCUUCUUCGAUUCUUCACGAAGCCCGGACGUCCGGCGCAAACACAAACUCAGAAGCACACAAGAUGGCGUGCCAAUGGCGCAUGGCAGUGAUGGAAUUGUCAGAACUAGAGUCGGCCUCGGGGGUGUCACUUCCCUGCGAACAAUCUUGGUUUAGGGCUGCAAACAUGUCAAAUUCCACCUCGUGGGAAUUUACCAGUCACCAAAGUUCAAGGGCUGAAGCACCGAUUGACAACCCUCUCGAGUCGGCCUAUUUUGGUCACGUAGAUCAACCAUACAAAACGUGGUAUCAACCAGUAUGUGGGAAUGAUUUCCAAGCAUUCGGUUUUGGGAUGUAA